AUGGUGAUUAAAUCACUAAGAGCUAUACAAACUUUAGGACCUGAAAAAAUACGCGGUAUGUCACCCAAGCCAGCUGGCAGUUUAAACAAAACACAACUUUUCAAUAAAAUUCAAAAAAACGCAGUAACUCAAACCGAUGAUAAUCCGAGCUCACAAAAUAUUAAAAUAAAAAGGAAUAAAAGAAUUAAAUUGCUAUUAAAACCUAAAAUUAAAUAUGCAACUAAAAACCUUCUUAAAAAAAUUAAAAUACAAAAUAAGAGGGUUCGAAAAUUACAGAAAGAACUGAAAAACUUAAAGAUAGAGAAGAAUAGAAUACAACAUAAAUUAUUAGAAUUGGAAACACUUACUAAACUAAAAAUAUCAACGAAAGUCCAGAAAAAACAAGAAAUAAUACAUAAGCAGGAAAACUACUCUUCAAAGCUGCAAGGAAAAGGAAAUAAAAUAGAAACAUCAGAAAGAGACAGGGCACAAAGCGGAAAAAGAAAAGAGAACACAAAAACACUGACAAGAAUAGAAAUGUUUUCGGACAGAAUAGGGAGUGGACUAGCAAUCAAAUUAAUGCAACAAUUGGAAAAUACAAAAAUAACAAAUUACUGUCAAACAGGGGGAAAUCAUAAACAAAUAUUGAAGCACUUUGAUUUAUAUACCAAAGAUUUGAAAGAAAAUGACUUAGCGGUAAUACUAAUAGGAAACUACGACAUUAAAAUGGGGACAUCAUAUGUGGAUGAAAUUCGAAGAAUUGUGAGCAAAGAAAAUAGAAAAUUCAACAUUUUGUUAGGAAGUAUAAUAUACGACAACAUAAAUGAUGAUAAAAUCUUUACUAUUAAUAAAGAACUCUUUAAUCUAGCUGCGGUAUCUGAGAAUGUCAGAUAUCUUGAAAUAAAUGUAAAAGUCAAGGUAAAUGUAAAAAAUAUAGUGAUUGAGGAAACUGUUAAAAGUAUCAAAGAUAGUCACUUUAAUGCUUCGUCUUGUUUGCACUUUAUCAAAUUAAAUUCUAAUUUAAAUUGUUCACUAAAUUUUUUAGACACAACCAAGACUCCAUUAACUGGUUAA